AUGACAGAAACUGUUGUGGCCCUUGUCAUCAAUGAGCUGGUUCAAUUGAUUGUCCAUGAAUCAAAACUGCUAAAGGGUGUCCAUCGGGAAGUUGUGGACAUUAAAGAUGAACUGGACAGCAUCCAGUGUUUCCUCAAAGAUGCAGAUAAAGGAGACCUCCAAGAUGACGUCAAAAUGUGGGUGAAACAAGUGAGAGAAGUAGCCUAUCAUAUAGAAGACGUAAUAGAUGAAUAUGUUCUUCACGAGGCACAACGUUGUCAUCAUCAACAAAGUUUUAUUGCUUUCCUCCAUAAAAUUGGCCGUUUAUUGAAGAAACUAAAACCACAACACGACAUAGCUACCAAGAUUCAAGAUAUCAAACUAUCAGUUCGUGAAAUCAAGGAACGAAGUGAAAGAUAUGGUUUCAGUUCCUCAAAGCAAGGAUCAAGUGGCAGUGCAACAAAUGUUACAUGGCAUGAUCCUCGUGUGGGUUCACUUUUCAUGGAGGAAGAUGAAGUUGUGGGCAUUGAGUAUACAAGGGAUGAACUCGCAAGCUGGUUGGUGGGGGGAGAAUCUAAACGCUCUGUGAUUUCAGUGGUAGGCAUGGGCGGAAUUGGUAAGACAACUCUUGUUAGGAAAGUAUAUGAGAAUGAAUUACUGAAAAGGCAUUUUGACUGCCGUGUUUGGAUCACAGUGUCUCAGUCAUACAAUGUCCAAAAGAUACUCAUGUCCAUGGUAAAUCAAAUCUACCACGAAGAAAUAAUAGCUCUAGGGCAAAUAGAUAUGACAGACGAGAUCACACUAAUUAGCCAGCUGAGGAAAUGUUUACAACAAAAGAAGUAUGUUGUGGUUUUUGAUGACGUCUGGAAGACAGAGUUCUGGGAAAUUGUGAAACAUUCUUUACCAUGCAGCGACAAAGGCAGCAGGAUUAUCAUCACAACACGCAGUGAACUCAUCGGUGUUUCAUGUAAAGAAUCUUUAACUGAUACGGUACACAAGCUACAACCUCUACCUCAAGAAAAGGCUUGGGAAUUGUUUUGCAGAAAGGCAUUCCAAACCGAGUUUCAGAGAUGUUGUCCCAGUGAGUUGAUGAGACUGUCGAUGGAAAUUGUCAAAAAAUGUGAAGGUUUGCCACUUGCAAUUGUUGCCGUAGGUGGUCUUCUGUCAACAAAGGAGAAGGUGCCAUCAGAAUGGAAAAAGUUGCAUGAUAGCCUCAGUUACGAGCUAGAAUGCAAUCCCCACCUUACAAGUGUCACAAAAAUUCUCUCUCUUAGUUAUCAUGAUCUUCCAUGCUACUUAAAGUCUUGCUACUUGUACUUCGGUAUUUUUCCAGAGGACUACUCAAUUAGUGGUGCAAGAUUAGUUUGGCUAUGGGUUGCUGAGGGAUUUAUUACAAGAAAGAAGGGAAAACCAUUGGAAGAUGUAGCAGAAGAAUUUUUAAUGGAACUCAUCCACAGAAACUUGGUUCAAGUUUCAUUUGGGGAGCUUGAUUAUGAGAUGCACGAAAAGUACAGAAUCCAUGAUCUGCUACAUGAAAUCAUCCUAUCAAAGGCUCAUGAGUUGAAUUUGUGUCAAGUUCUUGAUGCAGAUGACACAACUUCCCAUGGAAAAAGUCGAUGCCUAUCAAUCCACGAUGCUACAGAAAAUGUUUUUGAGUCAAGUGAGUACUCUCGGGUUCGUUCUAUUUUUCUCUUCAACAUUACUGAACUUCCCAGGUCUUUCAUAGUUAAAUUGUUUCAAAAGUUCAAGCUUUUGAAAGUAUUGGAUUUUGAAGACGCUCCCAUUGAUUAUCUUCCUCAAGAAGUGGGUAAUUUAUUCCACUUGAAGAGCUUAGGUUUGAGGAGAACCAAAGUAAAGAUACUUCCAAAGUCGGUGGGUAGGCUACAAAACCUUCAGACACUAAAUGUUAUGGAAACCGAAGUGCGUGAGCUACCGACUGAGAUAUUUAGGCUUUAUAAGCUGAGACAAAUCUUGGCUCAUUCUCAUGACUUCGAAAUUAAAAGUAGCUUUUAUUCAAUUAAAGGAGUAAAAUUACAUGAAGGCGUUGGAUGUUUCAAGGACUUGCAGAUGCUAACAUUGAUUGAGGCAAACCAUCAUGGGGUCGGUCUAUUUAAAGAGCUCGAAAAGUUGAGUCAAUUGAGGAAGUUGGGCAUUUCAAAUAUGACCGCAGAACGUGGGAGGGCCCUAUGUGCUGCCAUACAAAACAUGGUCCACCUUAAAGUUUUGAUUGUAGCCUCAAUUAGUGAAGAUGAGAUUGUAGACUUAGAAUCAAUUUCUUCGCCACCUCCAUUUCUAAAGCAUAUCUAUCUAAGAGGGCGAUUGAAGAAGUUGCCGAACUGGAUUCGAGAGCUUCAAAAUCUGGUCACAUUAAUCUUAUUUUUCUCAUCAUUAAAGGAAUAUCCACUGUCGUAUGUCCAAGCUUUGCCAAAUCUAAUUACCCUUUCCGUUAAUCAUGCGUAUGAUGGGGAGCAACUGCAUUUUGAGAAAGGUAGUUUUCGAAGACUCAAGAGGCUCACCCUCAGAGAUAUGAAAAAAUUAAAGAUGGUGGAAAUGGAGAAAGGAUCAUUGCCUAGUCUUGAGCAACUAGAGAUUGGGCCAUGCCUGCAAAUGAAGGAGGUACCCUCUGGAAUACAACACCUUGAAAGCCUAAAGCUUAUCGACUUUUAUGAAAUGCAGAGAGAAUUUGUGCUACGUAUGCAACCUGAUGGAGGCAAAGAUUAUUGGAAAGUCCAGAAGGUAACUACUAUACGUCUCAGGUAUAGGAUUAAAGGAGAACGAUAUCAAAUAUACAAGCUCAGUGACUCGGACUUAUUGGAGCAUCUACAAGGGUGA